ACAGAUCAGGCUAGUCAAAACGUGACUACUGUGCGAUACCAAGAUGAGGAGAUAAUUCUCAACAGGACCACCGUGUUGAAAGAACCUGAAGGAGUAGUUUCUAAUAGGACUACUGAUUUGAACGAACCUGAAGGUGUAGUUUAUAACGUGACAAUUGUACUACUUGAUGAUUCAACAGAAACCCUUCUAACGGAUGUAAAUUCAACGCGAUCGAAACGAUGCAUUGGCGGCGCAUGCGCAUGUGCCUGCCCAUGUCCAUGCCCGUGUUUUCCGCCGGCUCCGCCGUGCGUCAUACCGUGUCCGGUUCCAGCUCCCGUUGGAGUGCCAUGUCCUAUUCCAGAACCGGUCCCGAUUCCAAUUCCGGCUCCGGUUCCCAUGCCGGUACCACGGCCGGUGCCAAUAAUCCCUGCUCCAGUACCAGUUCCUCAACCAGUUCCGGUACCGGUUCCGGCACCAGUGGGAGUGCCUGUCUGCACACCGGUGCCGGCUCCUGUACCUGUGAACGUACCGGUCUUAUGCCCGCCUCCACCAUGCUGUCCGUGUCCGUGUCCAUGUCCUUGUGUAAUAAAUCGACGGGUUCAGGACUUUCCAACAUCAAGGACGCACUUGAGGAUCUGCGUUGUUGCUGGAAAAUGUUGUAAAAUUUUGGUGAACACUGAUAAAUUAUUGUAUUUUUGA